CCCAUCGGAGCCACUCACUAAUGCAAGAACAUAGCGAUCCACCACAGAGGCAGCAAUCCACGGGGCUCCGAAGAGGAUCAGCAGUCCAAACUAAGAGCUCCCGAUCAGACACGAUGGGGGGAGCGAUGGGGCCGCUCCUCCACUGGCUGCAGGAUGUGGCAGCUGUGACUUUCCACAAAGCCCGAAGGACACUAUUUCAAGCCGCCAUCCUCUUCUGCACCCUAUGCCUGCUGCUGUGGGUGUCCAUAUUUCUCUACGGGAGCUUCUACUACUCCUACAUGCCCACUGUGAGCUUCUCCACCCCUGUGCACUUCUACUACACCUCUGAUUGUGAUGCUACAGAGCCAGGCCUGUGCUCCUUCCCCACAGCCAACAUAUCCUUCAUGAAGAAUGACAGGGACCAGGUGAUGGCCAAUGGCCAGCCUUACAGAGUGUCUAUUGAGUUGGAGAUGCCGGAGUCUCCAGUGAACGAACGGCUGGGAAUGUUCAUGAUCAAGAUGUCCUGUUACACCAAAGGCGGGACGACUGUCUCGUCGGUGGGACGAUCAACGAUGCUGCAUUACCGCUCCAGCCUCCUGCAAACCCUGAGCACUUUGUUCUUCUCCCCUCUCCUCCUGACCGGGAUGGCUGAGCAGAAGCAACUCAUAGAAGUGGAGCUCUACCCCGAUUACAAGACGAACGCCUAUCACCCCACCGUGGGAGCAGUCAUUGAGAUCCACUCCAGGCUGAUUCAGAUCUACUCAGCGCAGCUCCGCAUCCACGCCUACUUCACUGGCGUACGGUACCUUUUGUACAACUUCCCCCUGACGUCGGCAGUGAUCGGAGUGGCCACCAACUUUGCCUUCCUCAGCGUCAUUGCUCUGUUCGGAUACCUGCAGCUCAUGUGGGGCGGGCUCUGGCCUCCGGACCAGGUCAGAGUCAGGGUCAUGAUGGGAGACACCACCCGGAUCCAGAGGCGGAGGGAGGAGGCUCGGAAGCGCAUGGAGAGGGAAAAUUCACAGAAAGAGCUUUACACUCCCACCGUGAUUGGCUCGAUGAGUGGGGCGUGUGAUUUCCAGGGAAAUAGCGUCGUGUCAGAGUCUUCCCCAGAGAGCCCCUCUGUAAUCCCAGGAGCCUCCGGGGCUGAAGCUGCACAAACACAGCAAGAAGAGUCUCAUGAUUCUGAGGGACCUGUGGAAACCGACGGGUCAAACGAGUUGAAUGGCAGCCUUCAGUCUCAGACUGGGGAGACAGCAGUUCGCCACAGACCUGGGCCUUGGAUGAGUCUCUAAACCAUAAAACAACUGCAUAUCCUCUUUAGCACUUUGAAUGCAGCAAUGUAGAUGUAGACUAAAGCAAACCUUCAGUCUGAUAAAGUUAAGUUAAGCUGUUUGCCUCAUCUUGCUUUAGUUGGCGUCGCAUCUUAUCGUCUUGUGUCUGUUUCGAUUUGUUUACUACUUUGUUUUUGUUCCAACACUGUUACAGUUUACAUGUUUGUGGCAUUUGAGUUGCCCGGUUCGGGAGGCAUGUCGGCCGGUCGUCCAACACGCCCUUUUAAGUGACCAAACCUGCUUGCUUUUUAAUCUCUGGAUUAAAGUGUUUUCCAGAGGUGCACUGAUCUGGCUUUUCCGGCCGACUCCGAUUUCUGUUUCCUUUGAAGUCUGCAAAGCUCAAUUCAGAAUUUGACCAAUUUGAUUUUUACUAAGUAUUAUAAUGCGUAGAAGAGGAAAAAACGUGUGCUGUAGUUUCCCUGGUAGAGGUAGUACCUUGAAAUUACACAGUUAUUCAGACUUGUGCAUGAAAGAAUGUCUAACCUUUAUCUGAUUUUUACAAAACACAAAGAAGUGCAAAGCAUAAGCUGGCAGUUGCUGCACUUAUUGACUAAGAUUAUAGAAAUCCUGAUGCAUUUAGUAAUAGGAGAGAAAAGUAGUAGUUUUAGUAUUUCAUCUGCUAAUCACUAUCAAUAAAAAUCUUCCUUUUUUCCAGUCUCUGACCAAUUAGUUCACGUUUGUGUUUUCUGAAAUCACAAUAUUCCUUUUUAGUUCAACUAAAAUGCUUUUAGAAAUCAGACUUGGUUUAAUGUCGGUGGCAUGCGGCUGAAACAAAAUGAUCUGGUGCAUGUGAUUUUUUUUUUUUUUUGCUCGCAGAAGCUCUUUCAAAGCAAUUUGAUUUGGAAACUUUACUCAACAAAAAGCGUCUUUGUUGUUACAAACUGUCUGUAAAAAGUUUGGUCCAGCGUGAGGGGAGCAAUGGGGACUUCUUCUGUUUUGCAAAACAAAGCCGUGUUCUGUCUCAGUGUAAUUGGUGAGCUGAAGCUCGAGUGCUUUAGCAGCGGUCGAUCAUCAUUCCUGUUGCAUGUCUUUGCAGAAGUCCAGUUGGCACUUGGUGCACCAACACUCUCAGACCAUUUUAAAUCACUCUUGUUUAUUGUGUGUUUAUUAUAACGUGCAUAUUUAAUGUUAGUCUGUAGUACAGCAGGGAUAAGUGAAGUUACAGUUUUGAAGUUGAUGCACUUGCUAAAAGCGAUGUAGGGAUUGUCUGGCUAAGCCUUCAAGUAUUUAGCCUGUUGGUCAGGGAAACGUUGGGUUUCAUUCUUAUGGUUACUCUGAGUUGUGGUUUUGGAUUUAAGAUUUUGUACCAAAGAUGUUUGCAGAUGUGUUGGAUCUUUCCAAAUAUGUACAGAUGUUAUUUAUGUGUUUGAACAAAUAAAAUAAACACAGACAUGCCUGUGACCUCA